AGAAUCAUCCAAGAAGCUGCCUGCCCUCCCCUCUGCCUUCCCCUGGUGGCCUCUGAGCAGCCAUUUGGGGUUAAAGUGCCUGGCUCAAGAGCAUACUGACAGAUGCUGCUUAGAACACUGUAGGUAUCUCAAGCUACAUUAGCUGAGCCAGGGCGUGAUGUGAGAUUGAACAACGAGGCGGAAUACUGUAAGGGAACUACAAGGCUCCUGGCUUGCUGUCAUUGUGAAUCCUCUUAGGGGUGGAUUAUGGGACUAAGAUGUCUACACUGAGAGGGAGAGAGAGGAAAAGAAAGAGUGACGAAGAGAGACAGAGGAUGAGCAUGAGGCACACAGAGUGAGAGAGAAAGCAAUACAAGAAGAGAAGGAGAAGAAGAAAAUGGAGAGAACCCCUCGGCCUGAAAUGGGCCGGGAAUGGGGUAGAAGAUGGUCUGUAACUGGGGAAGAGCCAGCAGAGCCUCACAUGGUGAAGCACACACUCCCGUGUCCCACCUCUGCUCUCACUGACCAGGCAGGAACAGACUAACCAGGCGGCAGCAAUGUCUCUCCUGCCCUUAACCAACCCUCAUGGCUGGAGCGUGUGCUCUGCUCUCUGUAUCCUCAUCGUGUUGCUUCCAGAGGCCAAAGCAGACAACACUACCACUCAGCGCAAUGGCGGGGGAUCCCAGUGUGGGGAGUACACUAACCAGGUGAUGGAGGAUGGGAUGUGUCGGCUGGUGGCCACACUGCCUCAGCUGGAUGAGCAGAAAUGCCCGGAUAUGUUUCGCUGCACGGAUGAGGUUUCCUACUGGCUGCAUGAGAACGAGGAGAGGAAACAGCAGAUUGUGGCACUGAAGGAGACCAUCUCUGAGCUGCAGGAGGAGCUGAGGAACCACCGGCACCGCAUCAAAGUCCUCGAGCUGCAGAGUGAAGAAAGGAACCACUUGAAUAUCUCCUUAGAGCAGCGUUUUCAUGAGAUGGAGGUUCACUAUGCUGAAGCCACCACCCUGCUGCAUCUGCAGGGCACUCUGAUCCUCGACCUCCAGAACCAACUUCAUAAUCUGACACUUUUGCUGGAUAAAGUCAAAAGAAGCCCUGGGUGCUUGAUCAACAUCGUCCGCCCCAAUCCACUGAUGAGUGCUCAAGAAGCUCUGCACCCAGAGAUUCACCAUAUGAGGAACUGUCCCAUAGACUGUGCCUCCAUCUACUACAAUGGAGUGAGGAGAUCAGGUCUCUACACAGUAGUGCCAUCACUGGCCGGCAUGCCUGUGGAGGUCUAUUGUGAUAUGGACAAAGAUGGUGGUGGCUGGACUGUGAUCCAGCGGCGUGUUGACGGCUCGGUGAGCUUUGACCGCAGCUGGAGGGACUACAGGGACGGUUUUGGUGACCUGCACUCAGAAUUCUGGCUGGGCAACGAACACAUACAUGACCUGAGCACCCAGGGAGACUACAGCCUCCGCAUCGACCUGGAGGACUGGAGCAACAAGCACAAACACGCCCUCUACCAGAGGUUCAGUUUGGAAGACGAGGAGCAUCAGUACCGUCUCCAUGUGUCAGGCUUCAGUGGGACAGUGCAGGACUCUUUCAGCUGGUACCACGACAAGCAGGGCUUCAGCACCCCCGACAGUGGCAACAUCUGUGCUGAGAUCUCCCACGGCGGUUGGUGGUACAACCAGUGCUUCUACGCCAACCUUAAUGGAGUCUACUACAGGGGAGGCCAUUACACCCCUAAAGGCCAGGGGCCGCUGGGUCCUGAUGGGAUCGUUUGGUACUCCUGGAGAGACUCUGACUACUACUCCCUACGCAAAGUCAGCAUGAUGAUCCGCCCACGCAGCUUCCGAACCCGUUUGUCGCCCUGACCCACUAUCACCAUGACAAUGGUUAGGACACACGAACAAUAAUGUCAUAAUAGGGACCACAUGGGCAUCUCACUGGGACGUCGCGGUGAUGAUGCGUCCAGUGAUGUUUUCAUUGACAGAGCUCAUCAAGAAGGAAGUGAAUGUCAAUGAUGUCAACAACAGUAUUUGUAGUGAGAGUAACCUGGAAAUGGCAUCUCUUCUGCUCUACGUGCAAAUAUGGCUGGUAUGCUUGAUAUUCCCACAACUGCCGACUCAUUCUCGGCUGCAUAUUUUUGAAAAACACAAACUUUAUACUAGAGUUCUUUUUGGGACAUGGACAUUUUUCACUCCGUCAUGGGAAGUGAGUUCUUCCUUAUUUUCUACUUCUAUUUUGUACCAUUAGUUUGAUACUUUGACACUUGACACACUUUUAGCAAGCCAGCCACAAAAAAAGUACAUUUGUAUGAUGUGCUGACAGAGGAGUGAAGGGAGCUCAGUUUCUACCAGCCACUACCAGCCAGAGGAGGCACGUGCAACUAGCAGGCAGAUCACGUGAGACUGUUUAUUGAAUGCUCGGCAUAUGGUGUGCUCAUUGCAUAUUUAUGAUUACUCUAUUAUUCAAUUUUGCUAUAAACUAUGAAUUUAAUCCAUUGUGUAAAUUUUAUUGAAAUAAAAAGGGUUUAAAUAUUACUCAAUCAAGUCAGGACAUAAGAACACUGAAUUAUAUUAGAUAUAAUAACCCUUUUAUAAGUGCUACUGACUCAGUCUAGGGUCAGACAGAGAAGAUGUGCUAUUUGAGAGCUGUUUAUACAUACAUACUGUAUGGAUUGUACAAUAAACAUAUAUAUAAAACGUGA